AAUCCCAAACCCUAAUCCUAACCAGCGCAACCGAGCUACCUUCCCGACCGCUGCUUUCUUCUUUCUUCCACACACAGAGCACAAAGGAGCCGGCGCCAUGGGUCGCGUCCGUACGAAGACAGUGAAGAAAUCGUCGCGCACGGUGAUUGAGCGCUACUACCCGCGCAUGACUAUGGACUUCCACACCAACAAGAAGCUGUUGGAGGAGGUAGCAAUCAUCCCUUCAAAGCGCCUCCGCAACAAGAUCGCCGGGUUCUCGACCCACCUCAUGAAGCGGAUCCAGAAGGGUCCGGUUCGCGGUAUCUCUCUCAAGCUUCAAGAAGAGGAGCGCGAGCGACGCAUGGACUUCGUACCUGAUGUUAGCGCUAUAAAGACUGAUCAGAUCGAGGUCGAUAAGGAGACCCUUGACAUGCUUUCCGCCCUGGGAAUGGCUGAUAUCCCCGGAGUUGUUCAGGUCGACCCGGUUGCAGCUCCUGCUGCGCCGAUGGGCUUCGGAAGGGGCGCUGGUGGCCCCGGAAGGAGGUUUUAAUCAUGUUACGCUUAAAUUUCAAGCUUUUUUUUUUAUAGCGUUUUUAAUUAUAAGUCUAGACUAAUUUUGUGUUAAAUGGCUUAUAUUUGUUCUCGCAAUGUUCUGGGCACUGUGUUUUUAGGCAUUAAGCGUGAAGAAAAUGUUGGAGAAUUUCGCAGUUAUUCAUGAUGGAUUUCUUUAAUUGGUGUUCAAUUUUGAAGAAAAUAUUUUCGCCUGUUCC